AUGGCCGCAAAAUCAUACUCGAUCCUGCCCACCGCAGAGAGGGCAAACCAUCAUCAUCAACGGCCGCGCAGGCCAAAUCUCAAGAAACUUGCCGCGGGCUUCUCGCUAGCCCUGGCCACCGUCAGUCUGCUUUAUAAGCCGGCAAUCAACCAUUAUGAACGCAUUUAUCGCCAAUAUCACUCCAAGACGCACUCGGUCGAGGAGAGGGCGCACACGAUCCUGUCGACGACUCCGCUGAUUGAUGGUCACGUCGACUUCCCUCUUGUUCUGCGCAGCUAUUAUGGCAACCAUCUAGAUGGAGAGUCGUUUUCCGCUCCGUUUGAGAAUGGGACUCUCAUGGGCCACGUCGAUCUCGCUCGACUAAGAGCUGGUCGCUCCGGAGGUGCUUUCUGGAGCGUCUUCGCGCCAUGCCCUGAGAACGGCACUGACUAUUCGGAUGCCAAUUAUGCUGAUAGCCUCCAAUUCACGCUCCAGGAGAUUGACAUCAUGAAGAGGGUCUUUGCCGCGUACCCCAAUGAUUUCGCUCCUGAUGUCGAUGGCUCCGAUGCGAUCACUGCAUUCCGGGCCGGCAAGCUGGUUUCCCCCCUGGGCAUUGAAGGUCUUCACCAGAUUGCCAACUUGGCUGGCAACCUACGCAUGUUUCGCGAUCUGGGCGUGAGAUAUGCGACAUUAACCCACAACUGCCACAACAAGUUUGCAGACGCCGCUCUGCUGGAGCGUCCGUUAAGGGCUGCACCCCCGGCUUGGAAUGGCCUUAGCGAUGAUGGACGCCGGCUGGUCCACGAGAUGAAUCGCAUUGGCAUGAUUGUCGAUCUCGCUCACGUCAGUGAAAAGACAAUGGUGGAUGUCCUUGGUGGGGGAUCGUGGGAAGGAUCCAAAGCACCCAUCAUCUUCUCCCACAGCUCAGCCCACAGCAUCUGCCCUCACCCGCGCAACGUCAAGGAUCACGUCCUCCAGCUGGUGAAGAAGACCAACUCCGUCGUCAUGGUCAACAUCGCCCCGCAGUUCAUCUCGUGUGUCGAAAGCGACAACGAGUACGGCCUUCCCGCCGACGAUCCUGACAAUGCCACCCUGGGAAAAGUCGCAGAUCACAUUACGUACAUUGGAAACCUCAUCGGCUACGAUUACGUCGGCAUUGGCACUGACUUUGAUGGCAUCGGGUCUGUCCCCACGGGCCUCGAGGACGUUUCCAAGUAUCCCGACCUGAUUGCCGAGCUUUUGCGACGAGGAGUCAGCGACGUAGACGCCGCAAAGGUUGUGGGAGGCAAUGUCAUCAGGGUCUGGAAGCAGGUGGACGCCGUUUCCGCUGAGAUGAAGGCCAACGGCGCGCCCAUCAUGGAAGACAAAUUGUAG